AUGGCCGAUACUUCCGAGGAUCAGUCUGGCCUUCCAGCCUCCCUUGAAUCUCUCCUUCCCUGCGAUGCCUGCCGAAGGAGGAAGGUCAAGUGCUCCAAGACUGAGCCUUGCGACAGAUGUAUCGGCGCGGGUUUAAGAUGUACCAGGGAUAUUGCGCGCAAGAAAAGAGGUCCGAAAAAAGGCUCAGGGUCGGUUAUUGCCAAACUGCGAGAUGAGACCUUCUACACAUCUUCACAAGAUCAAGCCUUGCCAGCUUUUGACCUCUCCCAACUGCAAUUACAGAUGCCUUCUCUCCACAGAACUAUAUCGGGUGAUAGUCCAUUAGAUUCACCUCUCACAUCUCCUACCACAUCACAUUUCAGCGAUACGCUUGGUCCGACAUCAGAUCCAUCCAACGUUCCGAGAUCUAUACCUCUGGGGAUGCAGGGUCUGGCAGAUUUCGAACCCAACGCCUAUACUGCCUUUGCUCAGGCUGGUAUUCAACUGCCUGCCUCAUGGCAGAUGCAACCAUCAGAGCAACUCCUCCUACAAGCCCCAAUCUCUCCUACUGGCUAUCUCUCUGUAAGCGACCUCGCACAACAGAUCUUCCCAGAACCAACGCGCACAUCGGCUCCCAACUCAAAUCUGGCGCCCCCUCGGUCGAAUGCCCAAACUCCCUCGCGAACUUCAACGCCAAUGACCCAGCCUGGCUCAAUUGAUGCCAUGUUGAAAAGUAAUACUGCUUCUCCUUCAACCACAAACUCCGGUUCCCCCUUACCACUUUAUGGUCCGAAAUACCUCUACCGCAGUGACUCUGGAAACCUCGCCAUAGAGAUCAGGAUACAGGCUUUAAGCUCGGAAGUAGGCAUGUCCGCGUAUCUCAUGUCUCAAUGUAUUCGCCAGUAUUUCAGACAUUUAUAUCCUAUUCGACCAAUGAUUCAUGAGUCUUCAUUUCAUCAACGAAUGCAGUCAAACGAGGACCUGAAUAAUGAAGAGAAAAUACUCAUCUUGUCCCUCUGCGCCAUGACAGUUCUUCACGCUGCUCCCCAAUCAGACUUGUCAAUGGAAAAGAAAUGGCAACUGGGUAAACAAUUCCUGGACAUAUGCUUCUACUUACGAAGCAAUGCCGAAUGGAUCGAAAAUUCCACGUUAUUAUCGAUUCAAGCAAGCUAUCACAUCUGUGUUGCCCUUUUUGAACUGAAAAAGCCACGUGCUCAUCACUUUUACAUCCGCGAAGCUAUAGGCAUGGCCAUUGAUCAAGGGCUUCAUUUGGACAGCACCUACGUCAAUAUGGAUGAGAUCCAAGCUAUCUGCGCCCGACGCACUUUUGCCAUACUGUUCAUCACCGAACGUGGCCUGGCCAUCCUGCGUAAUAAACCAACGCUUAUCACGCAAAUCCCGCCCCUCAGAACGGAAUACUUCGAUGAGCAAGAUGGGAUCGUGCUUGCGGGAUUCUCAGCUCUUGUGAAUUUGUUCUCCAUUCUAGACGACAAAUUCGUCCAGCUUUGGACCAGCAAUUCUACUAGUAUCGGCGAUGAACCACUCGACAAUGUAGCCAUCUUACAACAUAAUCUCAAUGAAACUACCUUCGAGCACUUUGCUAUGACCGAUGUUCAGAAAGCAGACGUGCUCAUUACUCACCAAUGGCUACGCUUGAUAUUCUGGCAAGCUUCAAUGCGUCAAGGUCUGAUCUCUUAUAGCGCAGCUGACCCCAUCUUCUCAUCCUCAUACCCAAUAAUAAUAGCCAAAGAUCUCUGUGCACUCAUUACCUCACAUCAACUAAGCUACGAUUCAAUCUUGGUGCAUGGCUUGGGUAUAUUUGAGAAAUUGUUUGAGAUAGCGUACACGCUAAUGGAUGCGUUGACUAUUGCAAAUUGCAACUGGUCUGACUCGUUGGAGCUGAGAUAUCUCUUUGAUGUCUUGGCUGCCAGUCCCAAUAGCCAGAGCACAUAUGUGAAGAUGCUCGCGACUAAGAUCGAAACUGAGCGAAGUCAGCCCAACAGUCCUCAUGGAGUUUGA